AUGGAAGCUCUAAAAGAAGAAAAAGCUCCAUACAUGACAACCCCUUCAAUUAUAUUCAAAUUGGAAAGCAGUUCUAUAAGAAGACAAGUUGUUUACAUGACCACCCCUCACCUUCCACUUAUUCGACUGUUUUCGAUGUCGAUUUUAAUUAUCUCCACGUUUGUGUUGAGCAAUGCUCUUGUUCUUGAAUGUGAAUACAAAGUACAAGAUUUUUGGAUGGCAAGCAACCUUUAUCAUUGCGCCAACGCAAGAAUAAUUUUUGUCGGUGAUCCAAAUAAUGUGACAGAAGUAACUUCGAAUCACGUUGGUACUAAAAGAAAUGAGGAUGUUGAAGGAUUAAUCAUUGCAAAAGAUCAAAAAUUAUCGUUCUUGCCUCGAAAUAUCAAUCACUUCUUUCCAAAUCUGAAAUCAUUCGCUGUUAGAGAAAACUUAGUAAAGAACAUACAACAAUCAGAUAUUAGCGUUUUCCCGGAAUUAAUGCAAUUAGAUACGUAUGGUAAUAAAAUAUCGUCACUUGAUUUCGACCUUUUCCAGAAAAAUCCAAAGUUGCAAGCAAUCAGUUUCGCCGCAAAUCCAGUGCAGCACAUGGGAUAUGGAAUAUUCGAUCAUUUGACUCAACUUGAUUCGAUGGGCCUCCAAAAUACUUGUCACAAUAUCGCUUUUGAACGUAAUAGGGCCCGAGUUCUCAUUGAGUUACCUAAUUUUGUCCAAAAAUGUCCACCGACAAUCGAUAUGUUUGAAAGAAAAAUUUUGGAUGGAGAAAAAUUCGAAAAGUCAGUUGAUCGACAAAUCGUUGAGAAAAUAAGUCCUUUGACUAAGGAAAACUCUCAGCUGCGUCAAGAAUUGGCUCAGUUGCGUCAAGAAUCAACUCAGAAUGACGAUCGAGAAAUCACUGUCUCUAAAAUUUGGUCCUUCGAGAGAAAAAAAUCAGUUUAUCAAUUAGGGCUUACCGGAAGAAACGUUUUUUAA